AUGGUGAGUUUGUGCCGGUCGCGGCGCUUUGUGGUGGUCAGCGUGUUGGCGGUGGCGGUGGUGGUCGCGCUGGUCGCGCUGCUGGUGAUCCAGCCGUGGAACGGCGGCGACCACCCCCGCUACCCGCGCGCCGCCGUCGCCGCGAAUGGCUACGAGUGCGCUUCCAUCGGACGCGAGAUACUAGAAAGGGACGGAUCCGCUGUUGACGCGGCGAUCGCGACGCUGUUCUGCGAGGGCCUCGGGUGCGCGCAAUGUAUGGGGCUCGGCGGCGGCUUCCUGGCCACGGUGUACGACGCGCCAACCGGCCAGGUGCGGGUAAUCAACGCGCGGGAGAGGGCGCCGGCGGCAACGUACGAGAACAUGUACGACAACAAGUCCUCCGUGGUUGGCGGCCUGGCGAUCGCGGUCCCCGGCGAGCUCAGGGGCUACGGGGAGCUGCACCGGGCGUACGGGCGGCUGCCCUGGCGGGACCUGGUGGCGCCCGCGGCGGAGCUGUGCCGCAACGGGCACCGCGUCAACGAGUACAUGGGCCGCGUGCUCAGGUCCUACAGCGACCGGAUCAAGGCGGAGCCCUCGAUGAGGGAAAUCUACGUGAACCCAGAGACCUUGGAGGUUUGGAACGAGGGCGAUAUGAUACGCGAGCCAACGUUGGCUCGGACAUUGGACGUAAUAGCGGCGGAGGGCCCGGAGGCGAUACACAACGGUUCGCUCACGGCUUCCCUCGUCAGGGAUAUCGAAGCUUUCGGUGGUAUCGUAACAGAAGACGACCUCAGGCACUACAGGGUGGAGUGGCAAGAGCCAAUCGCAGUGCCUAUAACCGACGACUACACGCUGUAUUCGGUGCCGCUACCGGGCUCAGGUUCGGUGCUUGCCUUCAUCCUGAACAUGCUGCGCGGCUGGGUCGGCGACGGCAGCGCCGCGCCCGUCGGCUCCAACCUCUACUGGCACCGCAUCGUGGAGACCUUCAAGUACGCCUACGCGAAGCGCACCGGCCUCGGCGACCCCUCGCGCACCAACGUGCCCUACCUCAUACCUGAGCUCGAGCGCAACCUGUCGUCCCGCGAGUGGGCGGAGGCCUACCGGGAUUUGGUGGACGACGCGCGCACCUUCUCCGAUUGGCGUCACUACGGCGCGCUGUUCGAGGGCGCCGACGACCACGGCACGGCGCACGUGGUCGUGAUCGCGCCGGACGGCAGCGCCGUGUCCGCCACAAGCACAAUCAACUACAUUUGGGGGUCGCAGAGGCGGUCGCAGAGCCUCGGCAUCAUGCUGAACAACGAAAUGGACGACUUCGCGAUCCCCAACCGCGAGUCUGCGUACGGGCUGCCGCCGUCGCCGGCCAACAUGCUGGCGCCAGGUCUGCAGCCGCUCAGCUCUAUGGUGCCGAGCAUCGUUGUCGGCCGGGACGGCGUAGUGCGUUUGGUGCUCGGUGCCGCGGGCGGCACCAAGAUCACUACUCAGGUCUCCCUGGCGGCCAUCCAUACGAUGAUCGAGGGUGGUGACUUGCCUGAGGUGAUGAGGCGGCCCCGGCUUCAUCACCAGCUCGUGCCGAUGGAGGUGGAGCACGAAGCGGAUUUCGAUGCGUCGGUGAUAGAGUCUCUGCAGGCGAGGGGCCACGCGACGACGGCCCGUGGCCCAACAGCGGGAUUCGCGGCGAUGGUGGCGGCGGCACGCGACACAGCGACGGCCACU